UCUCUUCCUUUUUUUUUUUAACCGUUACUGUAAAUUUUCCCGAGAAAAGCUUCUCUCUUUUUUUUCUUCUUUCCUUGGGUUCUCUCUCGAUUAGUCAAUUUCCACAACUUCUCUUUCUCUCUUUUUGCUUUGCUUAUCUGUUUUGUUUGGUCUCCUUCUUCAAUUCUCUCUUUCACAAUACACACCAAACCUUUUCUUUUCUUCUUUUAAAGAAGUAAUCUUUACACCAAAAGACUGAAAAUUCAGUUAUGGGUUAGUCUACAAAUUCGAUUUCUUCUUCUUCUUCUUCUUCUUCAUCUCUGAAGUAAUUGUUGAUUUGGUGGCGAGUUUAGGUUUUGGGAGGAUAGAGAGAGAGAAGCAUGAUGUUGAAUUGAAUAACAACGAACGACUCUGGAUUCCUCGGCGGUUAACGACCGCCGUCGUCGCCGUCGUCAUAACCCAACCACCACCAUCAACGACCUUGAAUUUCAACAGUAUGCUUCAUCAAUGGCAGCGAACCACCAUUUAGUAGACUCUCCGUCGCCGCCUCCUCUUCUCGAGAUGAGACACAACCAAUCAGCGUUUAAUACGGCGGCGGAGAACGGUGGUGGUUGCGGCGAGAUCGUGGAGGUGCAAGGAGGUCACAUUGUUCGGUCAACAGGGAGAAAAGACAGGCACAGCAAAGUCUGUACGGCGAAAGGACCACGUGACCGGCGCGUUAGACUCUCAGCUCCGACGGCGAUUCAGUUCUACGAUGUUCAGGAUAGACUUGGUUUUGAUCGGCCGAGCAAAGCCGUUGAUUGGCUUAUUAAGAAAGCUAAAUCCGCCAUUGAUGAUCUCGCUGAGCUUCCUCCUUGGGAUCCCGCCGAUGCUCUCCGUCAACACGCCGCUGCUGCAAACGCUAAACCCAGAAAAACCAAAACUUUAAUUCCUCCGCAGCCGCCACUACCUCCGCCGCACCACGAAGAAACAGAGCAUCAUCAUCAAAUCGGAGAAGAAGACAACGAAUCGAGUUUUCUUCCGGCGUCGAUGGACUCUGAUUCGAUUGCUGAUACCAUAAAGUCGUUUUUUCCGGUAGCUUCAACGCAACAGAGCUAUCAUCAGCAGCCGCCGUCACGAGCUACUACACAAAACCAAGAUCUUCUUCGUCUCUCGCUUCAAUCUUUCCAAAAUGGUCCACCUUUUGCUGAUCAAACAGAGCCUGUUCUCUUCUCCGGCCAGAGCAAUCCAUUAGGGUUUGACUCAUCAACGGCGAGCUGGGACCAGAAUCACCAGUUACCGGAAUUUGGAAAGAUACAGAGACUGGUGACGUGGAACAACGGUGGAGCAGCUGAUACCGCCGGAGGAGGAGGAGGAUUUGUGUUUGCUUCUCCGUCGUCGUUUCAGCCAGUUUACAGCCACCAAAGUCAGCUUUUAUCUCAGAGGGGUCCCCUUCAGUCCAUUAACACACCUAUGAUCCGUGCUUGGUUUGAUCCUCACCAUCAUCAUCAUCAUCCUCAGUCCAUGACCACUGACGAUCUCCACCAUCAUCAUCAUCCUUACCAUGUUCCUACGGGGAUUCACCAAUCAGCUAUACCAGGCAUUGCGUUUGCAUCAAGUGGUGAAUUCUCCGGUGGUUUUCGCAUACCAGCACGGUUUCAGGGGGAACAAGAGGAGCAAGGCGGCGACAACAAACCGUCCUCUGCUUCAUCUGAUUCUCGCCAUUAAAACAGAGUUCCAAAAUCACAAAAAAGAUCGUGUAACACAAAUGGUUUCUUGUCCUAUUCCAAGGGAGCUUCAAUUGCGUGGGAUAGGGAAUGUGUUCUCGUCUUUGUGCGUUUUGGAUAUCGAAUAGGAGAAUAGAGAAACAGACCUGAUCAACAGUUUCAAGUUUCUCUUCUUCUAAAGUCCAAGCAUUUGUUAGUUUGAGUUCAUCAUCUUGUAUCAAUAUUAAAACUUUCUUGUUUAGCUCUAGCUACAUGAGCUCACAUCUUGUUUGUUGUAUAACUUGUUUUUGUUGUUGUUCUAAAUUAAUUGUUCGUUUGCUUAUGCUCUUGUGUUGGAAACCUUUAACCCCACUUGAAGCUAAAGUCUCAAGCUUUUGCCCUUUA